GAAUGGUCCUUAAACGUGGAAUUAGGCAAUCCUUUAUGAGUCUCGUGAAUAGUUACAGUAUGAUAAAUGAGAAAUAGGCGCGCAAUAGUUUUGAUUGACAGGACUGUUUUCAGAAAGGGUGUGACGUUACUAAAAUAGAAUAUUUGCGAAUACAGCGUGAUUGACAGCUCUAUCUGCCAAUACUUGGCACGUAAAACAAAUCUCGUCAUUCUGUCCACCAAUAGGAUGGCUUGUAAUGUGAGGUGGGCGGGACUAGAUGGCGCGCUAAGUAGCUGGCUAAGCAGCUAACAGCUGGCGGAGGAGCUAGCGGCUCGUCCAGCAGCAGAGUGGCCGCAUACCUGCACACAAGGUCGGCCUGGAUAAACUUGCUCGUCUGCUGGCAAGCCAAGAAAGACCACCGCGGAUUCAUCUCCAUUAAGAAACAUAGUGUUGGACUUAUUAUGUCUGCUUUGUGGCGGCUCUUCCACGCAAGGCCUCAGAAGCCUCGGGCUGGAUUUGAGCGAGUUUAGCUGAGAGGACGCGUGGAAAACAUUUGGAAAGUCACUUGAACGCACCAUCCAUUUGCUAGCGCUUGUCUCAUCGCGAGUCACUUGAACGCACCAUCCAUUUGCUAGCGCUUGUCUCAUGGCCUGGAUCAACUUGAUGGCAGGAAGUAUUUCGCUGGGAGCAGAAUGAAUGAAUGAAGGCAACAAGAUUGAAUCCAAUCAUUGCUUAUUUGAGGAGGGAGCAAGCGGACUACUUUCAGGACUGUCCCCGCUGCCUCCCUGCAAAUGGCCGAAGAAAGAACGCCUUCGCCGGGAGUGGGCGGACGAGCUCAUGCUAUGCUAACAAUGCUAAGCUAACAUUGCCUGGGCAUCCAGCUAGCACCACGUGGUCUCCGAGGAGCACAGCGGCUGCCCGGGAUGGGAAACACCGUCUCAUGUUGCGUGUCCCCGGAGUCCAGCCCCAAGCUCCCGUCGCGGCAGCCGGCGGAGCGGCUGGAGGAGUUUCUGACCAGCACGGAAGUGAGCGACGACAACAGCGCCCCCUACCUGCAGCAUAUCAGCGACAGAGAAGUCCCUGACGAGCUGGCCUUGGAGUCCAACCCAUCAGACCACGCCCGAGCCAGCACCAUCUUCCUCAGCAAGUCCCAGACAGACGUGUGUGAUCGGAGGAAAAGCAACCACAUGAGCCAAGUGUCUCCUGGUCCUCUGAGCAAGAAGUACAGCUCAUGUUCCACCAUCUUCAUGGACGACAGCACCGUCAGUCAGCCCAACUUGAAGAGCACCAUCAAGUGUGUCACCUUGGCCAUCUACUACCACAUCAAGAACAGGGACUCCCACAGGUCUUUGGACAUCUUUGAUGAGAAGAUGCACCCUCUGUCAAGAGAACCUGUGCCAGAUGACUACAUGCGCAUCGACCCGGAGCACAAAGUGAUCUACCGCUUUGUCAGAACACUCUUCAGUGCUGCACAACUCACAGCUGAAUGUGCCAUCGUCACUCUUGUAAGUCUCUUCUUUCACACACUGACACUUUUCUAUCACUCACUUUGA